UGCCUUAGUUUAGCCUUCUCAUAAACUGAAUCACAAGAACAAACAUAUGCGAGAAGUCGUACGGCUGACAGACUGAACGUGUCCUGAGUGAGGAGAAGACCUACAGGGAGAAACUAGGCAAUUCAGCAUUGCAACAAUUCCUCUUCAAAUUCCUGGAGAUUGCAGGCAAACCGGUCACUCUGUACAACUACAAGCAGAAUUUGAUCAUCAGGACUUCAGAAAAGUGAAUUUAGGUGUAAAGAAGCGUGUCAAGAUGUUGACUGAUGAGGUGCCACAGGUACAGGAGGUUAGAUACUGUCUGAAGACUCUGAGAGAGCAAAUGGCAGCAAGACAAAACAAUAAUAACAAUCAGUUUCCAUCUAACGGCUUCAAAGACAAAGUGCUCCUCGACAAAGCCAAUGGCUCUAAUGGAAUUGCGAACGGAUAUUUUCCUAAAUGUCAGGACAAGGAAGGUGAGGAAAACUGCGUGACCCUGAGAGAAGUCACCAAACAUCUCUGCACUCGUUUGAAGGAGAUGGAGAAAAGACAUCAGGAGGAGAAAGAGAGACUACAGCAAGAAAAUAGGGAAUAUCAGCGGUGGUUUCUAGAGGAGCAUAACAACCGCAUGAAGAAGUCUGAAAUCAAGGCAGAGGAACAGGGCCAAAAAGUGGAGGAAAUGCAGAAACUAAUGAGUAGUUUGGAGCUGGAGAAUGCCACGCUGGGAGAGAAACUUGCCGCUAGUGAGGCUGAACUUGAGAGGCUGAGAGAAAUUAAACAAUCGAAUCAUGAGGACAAGUGUGGGCAAUUAGAAAAGGAGCUGGCGACUCUAAAGAAUAAAAAUCAUAACUUAGAUGACAUGCUCAAAAGUCAACAGAGGAAAGUCCGAAACAUGAUUGAACAGGUCCAGAAUUCACGAACCAUGAUUGAACACCGAGACAGACUGAUCCGUGAUCUCAAAGAGAAGGUGUCUUAUCUUGAAGCUGAGAACAAAGAGAUGCAUGACCGAGUGGAGUUUUAUCUUGGUAAUCAGGUGCCUAAUCACGAUAACUUAGACAUGGGGUCAAAGGUGGUAUACAGCAAAACUCUGACGCCCACAAGCCCAGGAAACAAGUCUCUGCCCUUCAUUAAAGUGAUUGAGAUAAAGUCUUGAACAACAUGAGUAAAGAUUGAGAUAACUGCUGGAAGAAAGAGAGCGAAAGAGAUGUAUUUAGCAUUUGUGUAGCAUUUUAGUUUUUUGUUGUAUAUAUCGAAUGCAAUGCUUUGUAUAUAGGACUGUUCUAUCUAUGUCUCGUAUAUGUAUUAUAGAUUUUGUAAAACGUAGUUAUUUUUUAAGCAGCUACAUUGUAAAUGUAACUUCAGGUUGGGAGUGGAGACUAUAUGUGGUGACAUUCAUAUUUCUUAAAUAUUUGCCAGUAUGUCUGUUUCAGUUCCAUCAUGCAGAGAAUCUGAUAAUGUAACAUUUACAUAUAUAAUCUUUGACUUGUUCAUUAGUUUGUGACUCACCUUCAAUUCCAGUAGUCUGAUCUAAUACAGAAUUAAAAACAUGUACUGUAUUAAAAACAUAAUAUUUAAGACAAACUUUAUAACAAAUCAUAUUUCUGUGCAACUUACGCUCCCUAGAUGCAUACUACGCAGUCUGCGUGGCAGCAAAUCCCUAGGGGGGAACCAUCUCACCCUGGGAUAUACAUAACAUAGGAUAUACAGUUCUGAAAUGAAUGCAAAGCUAUGUAUUUUCUCUUUAGGAACUGUAUUUGUAUUAUACGGCAUAACCACUCUUGGUAUUGUGAAGAUGCUAUUUCUGUUACUGUAUUUAAAGCUAGACCCCUGCCUUUCCAUUCAUCUUUUAUUAUUAAAUGUGAAGAAAUUGUGUUCUUCUUGUUGCAAUGUUAUGGCUUUGCACAUUUCUUUGGUAUUACUGUAUUUAAUAAAUCAAGAGUAAUUACAG